UUUCGUUAACUGAAACAUAAUUAUAUGUAUCAUCCAUCUGUAUGUAUGUAUGUAUUGUGAUUCGUGACCAUCUUCUUCUUCAACUUCUUCCCCCAUCGGAUCUACCAACAGGUUUUUCUUCAGAUUAAUCUCAUUUAUAGGUUGAAUAUGGGAGUUGCACAAAACAAUAUCGGCAUGGAGGAGGGGACACUUGAGAUUGGAAUGGAGUAUAGAACUGUCUCUGGAGUUGCUGGACCACUGGUCAUCCUUGAUAAAGUGAAGGGACCAAAGUAUCAAGAAAUUGUGAACAUCCGUUUAGGUGAUGGAACAACUAGACGUGGUCAAGUUCUGGAGGUUGAUGGAGAGAAAGCUGUUGUUCAGGUUUUCGAAGGAACAUCGGGAAUUGACAAUAAGUUCACCACUGUUCAGUUCACAGGGGAGGUUCUAAAAACUCCUGUUUCUAUGGAUAUGCUUGGACGCAUAUUUAACGGCUCCGGGAAGCCAAUUGAUAAUGGUCCUCCUAUUUUGCCAGAGGCUUACCUGGAUAUUUCCGGAAGUUCUAUUAACCCUAGUGAAAGAACAUAUCCUGAAGAAAUGAUACAGACCGGUAUCUCAACAAUUGAUGUCAUGAAUUCAAUUGCUAGAGGACAAAAGAUUCCUCUGUUUUCUGCUGCUGGUCUUCCCCACAAUGAAAUUGCUGCACAGAUCUGUCGCCAAGCUGGUUUGGUAAAACGGCUGGAGAAAACCGAAAACUUACUUGAGGGUGGCGGUGAAGAGGACAAUUUUGCCAUUGUCUUUGCAGCUAUGGGAGUGAAUAUGGAAACCGCUCAAUUUUUCAAACGCGAUUUUGAGGAAAAUGGAUCAAUGGAGAGGGUUACUCUAUUUCUGAACCUUGCCAAUGAUCCUACAAUUGAACGUAUCAUCACUCCUCGUAUUGCUCUGACCACAGCAGAAUAUUUGGCGUAUGAAUGUGGGAAACAUGUUCUCGUUAUCUUAACUGAUAUGAGUUCCUAUGCUGAUGCCCUUAGAGAGGUCUCUGCUGCUAGAGAGGAAGUUCCCGGUAGGCGUGGAUAUCCUGGGUACAUGUAUACAGAUCUGGCAACAAUAUAUGAGCGUGCAGGACGAAUCGAGGGCCGAAAAGGCUCCAUCACCCAGAUCCCAAUUCUCACUAUGCCUAAUGAUGAUAUUACGCAUCCCACUCCGGAUCUCACGGGUUACAUCACCGAGGGACAGAUAUACAUUGACCGACAGCUCCAUAACAGACAGAUUUACCCACCAAUCAAUGUGCUUCCGUCCCUAUCACGAUUGAUGAAGAGUGCUAUUGGUGAGGGGAUGACUCGAAGAGAUCAUUCUGACGUCUCCAACCAGCUAUAUGCAAAUUACGCCAUUGGAAAAGAUGUUCAGGCCAUGAAAGCAGUGGUUGGAGAAGAGGCUCUCUCUUCUGAGGAUCUGCUAUAUUUGGAGUUUUUGGACAAGUUUGAAAGGAAAUUUGUGGCCCAAGGGGCAUAUGACACCCGAAACAUCUUCCAGUCACUUGAUUUAGCGUGGACACUUCUUCGGAUAUUCCCACGUGAGCUUCUUCACCGUAUUCCAGCAAAAACACUGGAUGCAUUCUACAGUCGCGAGGCAUCCACUUGAAAGGAACAACGGUUUUGUAUCAUAAUCUGGUUUAUGUUGCUAUUGUAAUAAGGGUUCGUUAAUCGUUAUGUUUCCGUUUGGAUUUAUUUAAAGCCCAAGAUCUGUUCAUUUUGAUAAGAGGCAGUUAGGAUUAUUUAUUUGGUAUAGAAUCAGGCCGACUGGCAAGACAUUUUGGCGCGAUUUAUGUUUUUUUUUUAAAAACCAUGUGGCUUAUAGAAUUUGGGAUGUUAGACCUUGAACUAUAUGCAUAUUUAUGUUUGAAGCAUAA